AUGGUUAAGGAAACUAAGCUUUACGAUAUGCUGGGGGUUUCACCCUCAGCUAAUGAGCAAGAGCUCAAAAAAGGUUAUAAGAAGGCCGCAUUGAAGUAUCAUCCUGAUAAACCUGCUGGUGAUACUGAAAAAUUUAAAGAAAUUUCAGAAGCUUAUGAAAUCUUAAGUGAUUCUAGUAAAAGAGAGAUCUACGAUCAGUAUGGGUUAGAAGCUGCAAGAAAUGGUGGACCGGCAUUUGGUGGUGCAUCUCCUGGCGCUGGUGGUUUCCCAGCUGGUGGUGCAGGUGGAUUUUCAUCACACGCAUUCAGCAACGAGGAUGCAUUUAACAUCUUUUCACAGUUCUUUGGCGGUAGCUCACCAUUUGGUGCAAGUUCAGGUAUGGAUGAUGGAUUUGGAUUUUCAGGAUUCCCAGGUGGUGGCAGUACUAGAUUUGCUUCUUCCAAUGGAUUUGGUGGUGGUGGUGGCAUGCCUGGCGGCAUGCCCGGAGGUAUGCCCGGAGGUAUGCCCGGUGGAUUUAGAUCAGGUUCUGCAAGUCCACCAAGUGCAGAAGAAGAAAUUGUCCCAGUUAAUCUACCGGUAAGCUUAGAAGAUUUAUUCGCUGGUAGGAAAAAAUCUUUUAAGAUCGGUAGGAAAAACCGUGGUGGAUCUUUUGAAAAGACUCAAAUUGAUAUUCAAUUAAAACCUGGUUGGAAAGCUGGUACAAAGAUUACUUACAAAAAUGAGGGUGAUUAUAACCCACAAACAGGUGGUAGAAAGACUUUACAAUUUGUACUUCAAGAGAAAUCUCAUCCACUGUACAAGAGAGAUGGUGAUAAUUUGAUCUAUUCUCUGCCAUUGAGUUUUAAGGAAUCACUGCUGGGAUUCUCAAAGACGAUACAAACCAUCGAUGGUAGAACUUUACCGAUCUCAAAGAUUCAACCAGUACAACCUACCGAAGUUUCUUCUUACCCAGGUCAAGGUAUGCCUGUUUCCAAGAGACCAGGUCAAAGAGGGGACCUGGUGGUUAAAUACAAGAUUGAUUACCCACUCUCAUUGACCGAAGACCAAAAGAGAGCAAUUGCUGAAAACUUUUAA